GCUAUAACGAUACACAUGUUGCUAACGGACGCUGCGCAUCCUGGAAUCGUGAAUCGUGAACCGUUCAAACCGUUGAAAACGUUGAAAACGCUCUGAAAUGUAGCCCAAUGCGUUCGCUUUAGGGUAUCCGUUUAAAGCACCGUACACACACUUACACACUCACACACAUACACAUACAUAUUCACCCUCUCACCAACUUAGUUGCUUACACACACACACAGACAUAUUUACACCCGCACUCUCAACUACGAACGAACAAGUGUAAUUCGGUGUGCGUGUGUGCGUGUUGUGUAUCUGUGAGAUAUUUGUGACUUCUCCUCCUCUUUAACCGUCUUGCCAUCGAGUUUGUUUGGUCACUUUGAAGUGCUUAACAAAACCAAUAAAAAUUCAGAAUCCAAAGCAGACGGCGUGUCGCGUCUUCGAUCUUUAAGCCUACAAAACUGAAGCUGUUGGCACCUAUAAAAAUAAUAUUCAAAACGAAAAUCGAAAAUCUUAAACAAAACACAACAAAACAGUUCAUCCAUUAAAGCCAGCUCUAAAGCUAAUAACAAUAAAAGCAACAUGGAAUAUUGAAUGAAUCCGAAUCUGUCUGAAGCUGAAUCCGAAGCUGAAUCCAAAUCCAAAAUCAGCACUCUCCACUUUAUCCACUGUGUAUGCACAUAUAUUAACUGACUGGAGGCUGAGGAACUCAUCCGACUGAUGCCCCCGGGGAAAGAUGGCCAGCAAGUUGACAGAGGCAUCUGGCCAAAUGAAAGCAACAGCAGCAACAGCAAGAGCAGCAGCAAUAAAGAGUUAAUACGACUGAGAGUAUGAGAAGAGGCAAGUUUAUAACAAGCGACAGCUUCCACUAGCACACACAGCGAGUAACAAAGUUAACGAGUCAGCAAACGAAUGACAGAGAAAGAUAGAACCGAAAGAACGAGAGAAAUGUAUCCCGAGGUCAGCAUAAUCCAGCUGAAGCAGAAGCUGAAGCAGAAGCAUGAAAAAGAAGAGCCGCUGUCAGAGGAGCUCACUCAACAGUAUCAAUGCCAUCAGAGCAGUAAAAGGACUGCAGCUGGCCAGAUGUCGUGGUGUCUGGGCAUUUGCCUGGUGCUCGCCAGUUGGCGACAGACGCAAAGCUCCUACCUGGAGCCGGACGAGCUCAUCCAUGAGCUGGAUCGCCCGGUGCCGCUGACAUCGGUGCACGGCGUGCUCAGUCGCCAGGCGAUGUUGCCCUGCGACAUCACGCCGAUGGAGCGCGACGAUGCUGUCUAUAUGGUGCUCUGGUUUCGAGAGGGAGACGGUGAGCCCAUCUACAACUUCGAUGUGCGGGGGCGACAGUUUGGACAGGCGCGUCUCUGGUCGUCGCCGCUGGCCUUUGGGUCGAGGGCACACUUUAGUAGUACGUCGCAUCCGGCGCAACUGAAAAUCGACAAUGUACGCAUCGAGGAUGAGGGCGUCUAUCGGUGUCGCGUCGACUUUCGCAAUUCGCCCACCCGAAAUCUGAAAAUAAAUCUAACCGUAAUUGUGCCCCCGGAUCGACCCAUUAUCUAUGAGCCCAACCGCCACGACAAGACCAGCAACGUCGAGUCCUUCAACGAGGGCAACGAUAUCGUCCUUGCCUGCGAGGUAUCCGGCGGUCGACCCAGACCGAAUGUUACCUGGUAUCUGGACAACACGGUCAUCGACGAGUCCUUUGACCAGCGUGCCGAUGGCAAGACCGUUAAUCACUUGUCCUAUCCCAACAUUGGCAGGCAGCAUCUCAAUGCUCGCCUCGUCUGCAUCGCCAGCAACACGAAUCUGACGCCGCCCAACCAAAAAGUCGUCAUACUGGACGUCAACUUGAAACCUGUGGCGGUGCACAUCCUGACCAAGGAUCGAUUCGUCUCCGCGGAUCGCACCUACGACAUCGAGUGCAAGAGCUCCGGCUCCAAGCCGCCAGCUCUGAUCUCCUGGUGGAAGGCCAACAAGCCGCUCAAGAAACUCACCAAGAAUUUUAAUGAGCCAGACAAUCAAUCCCUAAGCAUACUGACGUUUACACCCACCCGCGAGGACGAUGGCAAAUAUUUAACAUGUCGAGCUGAAAAUCAAUUCAUCGACGGCAGCUCCAUCGAGGACAAAUGGCGUCUCAUUGUGCACUACCAACCGACGACAGUGCUGAAGAUGGGCUCCUCCUUGAAUCCGGAUGACAUUAAGGAAGGUGACGAUGCCUACUUCGAGUGCAUUGUGCAAUCGAAUCCGAAGCCCUACAAGAUGUCCUGGUUUCACAAUGGCAAGGAGCUGCAGCACAACGUCUCGGUGGGCAUCAUACUCUCGGAUCAAUCGCUGGUCCUGCAGAGCGUCUCGAGGGCCUCGGCGGGCGAUUACACCUGCCUGGCUGUCAAUUCGGAGGGCAAAGGCCUCAGUAAUCCGGUCACAUUGCGCAUACGCUACGCGCCCAUCUGCGCCAUCGACCACGAGGAGCUGCUGGGCGCUCUCAAGCACGAGACGCUGCCGUUGAAGUGCGAAGUCGAUGCCUCGCCACCUGCGGACUCCUUCCACUGGACCUUCAACUCAUCCGGCGAGCAAACCGAGCUGCCUGCCCGCCUCCAUUCCAGCGAGACGGGCAUGUCACGACUGAACUACACCCCAAGCUCCGAUCUGGACUACGGCACAAUUUCCUGCUGGGGCAAGAACUCAAUUGGACUGCAGAAGAGUCCCUGCGUCUUUCAGAUUGUAGCAGCAGGUCGCCCCUUUCCGCUGCAGAACUGCACGGUGAGCAAUCAGUCGGUGGAUUCACUGCAAGUCGACUGCAUCGAGGGAUUCGACGGCGGCUUGCCCCAGAGCUUCAUGCUCGAGCUGGUCGAGUUGAAUUCGCUGCGUCUGGCCCGUAACAUAACUGUAACUCACACGCCAGUGACCUUUGUGAUUGAGAACCUGGAUCAGGCGGCCACCUAUCGCAUGAUCAUCUUCGCAGUGAAUGUCAAAGGUCGCUCCGAGCCCAUAAUCAUCGACGACAUCAACUUUAAAGGCGUGGCGAAGCUAACAAGCAGCACAACGGGUCUGAGCAUGCCGCUCUCUCCGUUCCUGGCCGGACUGACGCUCUUCUGUGGCCUGCUGUUUGCCAUAUCCUGCAUCAUUCUGGCUGCGAUAUACAGACGCUUCUCUAAUCGCCGCAACGAUAAUAAUCUGAAAGCCGUUAAGCACACACAAUUAGCCAUACCCGCAGACUGCCAGCUGGAUCCGCUGCGUCCCAAUCAGCAUGCAAAUGGCCAGGGCCAAGGGUUGGGCCGUGGACAGGAGCAGGCUCACCACAGUCUGCUGCCGAUUAAUUGUGAUAAUCGAAAUGCGGUCGACUGCGGUAACUUGGGCAUCGGCGAGUCGGGCAUCGAUGGCGGCACAAGAACCUCGCCAAGUGGCCAUGGACUGCAAAUGGCGAUGGCCAGCGACACGCUGCGUUCCACGGCGCGCACUCGACCGAGUCCUCAGCUGAUGGGGGGCGAUCAGGCGGACAUCGACGACACGGAUCCCGAUGUUAUACCCAAUCAGUAUGAAAAACGCCCUCUUAAGGCGCUUGUGGUGUCGCCGGGCUUUGCGAGUCCCUCAUCACGGUUGCUGCAGCGGGAUUACUGCCACAGUCGAGAUGCCGAGCAUCUGAAGAGCACGCCCGAUUGCAUGACAGCCGCAGCUGCGGCCGAGGCCAGCACAAUUGGCCUGCUCAGCAACUCUGGCAACGAAGUGCUGCACUACACCUUCCGCCCAAGCAAACAAAUUAGCUAUGCCACUCUGAACAAGAAGGGCAUCACCACCUGCAGUCCGCCGCUGGGGUCGCUGACCUACAAUGUAAGUACAUCGACGCCAUCAUCCUCAUAUCAUCUAACACCGCAGCCAAUGGAGGUCAGCUUGCUCAGUCCGAAUAACGCAUCGGUGACAUCGUCAUUAAGCGAAUACCGAUUUCGACCGGAGGUGGUCACCACAUCGAAUCGCAUACAGGAAAGUUGUAUAUAAGCAAACUCCAGAUCCAUUCACAAAUCAAUACUUAUCCCAUAUACUAUAUAUAUAUGCCUAAUUCACUUUUGAAUGUGUACAAAUGAGAGCAACAACAACAACAAAGGCAACAAAUUGUAUUAAAACAUGAAUAUCGUAGCGUAUCGAAUAACCCCCAACAACUAGAUCAACCUACUUAUAUAUAUAUAUAGAUAUACUUAUAGAUAUAUUUAUUCGCAUGGUUUGAGGCAAGACUUCUUUAAAUUGUAAGCAUUUUCUGUGUAAUUGUUGCAUUAAUCGAAGCCAAAAGUGUGACUCGUUUUGUAAAUACUUUUACCCUUACUUUACCUGGAUUAACUCGUUGUCAUUUCGUUGUAACUAAGUCUAAUACUCCACGCUAAACAAGGCUGCAAACAGCACUGAGAUCGUGUUCAAAUCAAAAUUAAUCAAGUUGCGAACCAUUUCGCAGCCGUGACACAAACCUUACAACGAUUCACACUGUUUGCAGUCUUGUUUACACUUGUAACGUGUAAACAUAUCCGACUAUCUGUUGUCUUAAUUUACAACCCAAUCGAUUCACAUACAUAUUCACAUCAAUAUGCAUACAUAUCCCAAGGAUCAGAAUAAGCUGCGAUAACUGCGAUCAUAUCUACGAAUGUUGCUUUAACAUCAAAUACAAAUGCUUAUUAGACCCGAUGUUGUAAUAAUAUCGUAAUGAACAAUGAAUUCAUCCCCUCUCAAGAAUUUCGAGAAGAUUGUCAACUAAUUUAUACCCUGCUAUCCAAUUUAAUCUAAACAGGACCUGCACUCUUCCACACCUAACAGAGUGCUGCGGGAGUCGCAUUUCUGAAUUGACGACAUAUCCCUAGAUCGUAUAUCAAUAUACCAUACAUA